AUGUUUCCAAAGGCGCCGUUGGGUUUGAUUAUGCCAAAUAACGACAAACUACUUCCGCUGGCGGAUGAGGGUUAUGACGACCACGACCAAUCACUACCAUACAAACGCGUAUCACUGAAUGGACAAGGCGAGAAUCGCGAAGAAUUCUGGUCACAUUCAAAAGUAUUAAAAAAAAGCGGCUUCUUUGCUGCUGCAUUGAGUAGCCGGUGGGCUAAAAAAACUGAAGGUGGUCUAUACGUGGUAGAACUCGAAAGAGUUGAACCGGAUAUUUUUGAAAUCAUUCUAAAAUAUAUUCAUAUAUCUACGCUCGACUUUCAAAAAUUCUCCCCAUCUUUCCUUCUCUCUCUCCUCAUCUCGUCGGACGAACUCUCGCUUGACGACCUCACAUCACAAAUCCAAACCCACUUUCUGACGACUGCACAUAAUUGGACCUUAUCCAACCUAGUUCAUCUACUUAACGCUCUUUACCAUUACGAAGGAGGAUUUUCGCUAUUGAGAACAUUUAUAAUAGACACGGUAACAAAGAACCCCAGGUUAUUGUUUGGGUCGGAGGAAUUUGGACAAUUGCAAGAAGAAACCGUCAUGGAUCUGGUAGUGAAAAGAACACACGAAUUGGGUAUGGGACUGGUCUGGGAUUGCUUGAUUGCUUGGGCCAGUAAUGGAACCCUGACUUUUGGCGAGGAGAAUGAGAACGACGUAAAAGAAAAGCUUGGCGCAUUGUUGGAAGAAAUCGUAUUCUCUUCGCUAUCCCGAAACGUAUACAGUCAAAAAGUCAUUCCAUGCGCAAAACUAAUCCCAGACUAUAUCUCCAACGAAGUCCUAGACUAUUACCUACGACGUAGAAAGGCCGAUUCUAUACCGAUCCAACCCAAAGUCACCCUCCGCGACUCGACCAUAAUCAACCACUUUCACGCAUCGAUAAUUUCCAAAUGGAUCGAAGCGGGCAACGCUCGGCUAUCCCGCAAACCAUCAUCCCGGAUCAAACGGCUAUCUCAACAAAUAUUUCAUCCUCGAUCAUCGUACCGAUUCAAUCUUAUCUUUCGCAAGAGCCGAUAUGGAUUUGUGUCUGAAGAUUACAGGAGUCAAUGCUCGGGGGUAACACCGAUGGUUGUUGUGGCCAAAGUCAAAAACUCUUACAAACUCGUGGGCGGAUAUGCACCACUCGGCUUGAACACUGCUGGUGCCAAGAAGGAGAUUAGAGACGGUUGGGAAAAGAGUUUUAUAUUCAGUUUUUCGGAAACUGGUCAGGAAGUCAGGCUAAGAGACUGCGCAGUCAUGAGUAGGAUGGCUGAGGAGAGAGAAGGAGGGUAUAUUCCAUUUUCGUGGUUUGGUCCUCGGUUUGGUAGUGACUUGUUUAUUAAUUUGGAGACGGAUCGAUGUGUGUGUCGGCAAGCAUAUUACGAAAAUCCUGUGAUUGAUGAGAGUAAUUUUGCUAUCGAUGAUUGUGAAAUAUUUGAAGUAGUCAAAGCCGAUGAUUGA